AAAAUGGAUUUGUAUGACGAUGAUGGAGAAUCUGCUCAAUCCGAAAAAGUAGAUGUUCCAUCUGAAGAAUCAACAAUAGCAGGUCCCGAAACUGAUAUUCCAGCGGAAACCAUAGAAGAAAAUGUGCCAGAAGUCGAAGAAAAUACAUUAUUAGAAGAAGAUUCACUUGUAGAUGUGGAUUCUCCACGCCCAUCUCAACAACGGUCAAAACCAAGCAAAUCCAAAAGAAAACGAAAAAGAAGUUCUUCGGGAGAAAGCUCAGCCGCAGAACCUGAAAUUGAUGCUGGCGCAAAAGUGAAAGGCCCACUAUCAAACACGAAUAAGGAAAUCAACGUAGGAACAGAGUUUCAAGCGAAAAUCGCGGAUCUUAAUUUAAAUGAUAAAGCAUGUAAUGAGGAUAGAGAUGAUCAAGAUGAACUAAUAUGGAAUACUCCGGAAACUAUUGAUGAUGAAAAGUUAGAAGCUUUCAUCAGAGAAUCAUCUGAUCGAUAUCUUAUUCCUAUUGAUAGAGCUCUGUAUAUCCUAACAAUAAAUAACUUCAAUUUUGACUCGGCCAUAGCAGAAGUUGCACGACGUAAUGAACUGAAAGAUGUGUGGACAGAUCAGGAAAUUACUCUUUUUGAGAAUUGUUACCAGAUUUUCGGCAAAAAUUUUUCACAAAUUAGAUCAGCGCUCUGUCAUCGAUCUCUUCAGUCAAUUGUUCAGUUUUAUUACGAAUCAAAAAAACGUGUAAAAUAUCUAAACUUUGUCAAUUCGAAAUGUGAUGAUAGUAGUAGUUCGGAAGAAACUGAAACUCCAUCUCCAUAUCCUGAAGCUAUUUUCGAGUCAAUGUGUGACAACUGUGGAGAAAAAGCUGAAAAUAUGCAGAUCAAUAACGCGAUGAAUCGUCCAGAAUGCCGUGCUUGUUUAAUUUAUUUCAACCAAACGGGAGUACCUCGUCCAACAAGUCUUCGUCUGGUAUUAGCUGAACGUAUCCGAAAUCAAGUUUCAUGUCCUGAUAAUAUGAAGGAAUACAUGAAGGAUUUUGACAAGCUAUCCGCACAGGCGACCGGAAGCACUUUCCAGAAAAGAAUAAUCGUAAAAGAUCAGUGUGUGGAAUAUAUAAUUGAUGUUGACAAAAUUCCAUCUUCAUCAUGUACAGAAAAUGGCAAUGUAGGAGAGACAUCGAGCCCAUCUGCACAGAAAACUGAGAUACAAAGCGAGUCUGAUGGUUCUGGGCCUCUCAUCUGGAGGCAUAAAAAGACAGUUUGUAUGGAAGAGAUUGAAGUUCUGGCUGAUGAUUCUCGUCGUAAAAUGUUUGAAGCUUGUCAGCAUGGGAGUAAAGUGGACAUUAAAUUAGUUGCAUCGUGGAAAAAUGAUAUGACAAAUCUGAGAAAGCGAGUUGAGCAAACCUACUACGAUCCUGAUCUCAAUCCCACAUACCUUUUCUCUCAUGAUCGAGUGCAUUACUCUCAAGAUUGGACACAGCUGGAAAGAUCACAAGUUAUCAGAUGUUUCAACAUGUAUGGAGCUCAUUUCGAACACAUCGCUGAUGUUAUCGGAACAAAAACUCCUGACCAAGUCUACCAAUUUUACUUGGAAAAUCAAAAAGCGAUUGACGCUGCCGAUGAAGAGUUCCUAGCAGACAUGAAAAAUCCAGAAAGGCUGGCUGAUAUGGAAGAAGAAGAAGAUUCAAUUUAGGUUUUUGUUGAAUAUACAGUCAACUUAUCAAAACUGUGUUUCGCAUUGUCAAUAUAUCAUUUUUCCCAGUUCCUGGUUUCUGAAUUGUCUUUCUUAUUCAAUAUGUUAUUCACUUAAGUAGUAUCAUGUGUCAUAAAUAAUUUAACAAUUAACUUAAUUGACCACUUUCUGGUCAUCUGAAAAUUAAAAACAACCUUUAAUUCUUAAAAUAAAAUAAAUUACAAUUUC